CGUCAGAAUUGCACUGAAAUGUUUAUAAAUACAUUAAAUGAAACGUAGAUGACUGUUGAUGUUUCAAUUAUAUUGUUUUUCAAAUUAUUUUUCAAAAUUCUCUAAUAUGGUAUGUAUUGUACCAAUACUGCUAAACAGAUACCUGUAGUACUCACUUUGACAAUCUUUUAGUGACCGUCCUGAGAUAAGAAAACUUUCUUACAACCCGCAAAGUAGCCCUUCGUUUUAGUGUAGUUUAGGCUGUUGUGAAUAUUGACUGCAUUAAAUUGUGUUUAUAUGGCUGCCAAUCAGGAAGACGUCGACGAAAUUGAAGACAUUGUAGGUCAAGUGACCUACACAGAUUCCCAAAAAAGUAUUCCUACCACGUUAACUUCCUCUCGCGUGUACUCGUCUGACUUUACGGAUAGUAGUGAAGACAGGAACAACUCGUCUGGCAAGGAGACGUACCUAGUAGAAUGCGACAGCGAAGACAGUGAAAGGACCUUUCCUCUACGCCACACUGCUAGUACUAUCAUCAUCAACGACCACCAGAAAAAAUCGGUCGCUCUCAAUGUCAGCGUUCAGUGCGCUAAUAAUAUCUUAACUAAGUCUACCACCACCAGCCUUCAAAGAUGUUCCAUUCUAGCCCAAGAAACUUUCACACAGACCAGCAAAACCAUCAUAGAGCUGGCCGAAAAAGAAGGCAUGAUUAAGGUUCCACACAGCAAUUCUCUUCAAACACAAACGUCCAUCAUGUCCAUUACAGAAAAUAAAACAGUAGAAUACAGAAUAGAACUAUCUAGUGCCCAUAGCACAUUUUCAAAGACAGAAAUUGUUUCAAACACUCGAAAAGACACAAAAUACAUUAAUGAUACUUUCAAUGGCACGCCUCCUCAUUCUAUAGACGAAAGCACUUCAAAGUUUCCGGUUUCCAUAUCGUUAUCCGAGGAGAAUGUUUACAAUGACGUUAAUAGAAGCGCAAGUAGCUCUGAUCAAUUAAUUAGGAUACUAACGGACGAUUCUGAGGAUACAAUUAUGAGUGACGUAUGUAACGUGCGUGAUGAAAUAAACACUUCAAAUUUUCAUGAAUUAUCGCUGCCAGGCUCUGAUAUGGAGGAAGACUCUCUCAGGAGUGACAGUCCAAGAAGUGGAAAUGGGAACACAUACUGUGACAUAAAAGAGCUCCGAGAAAGGUUAGCUGAAAGCGAUGUGUACAAUAAUGAACAGACGUUUGAUGUCCCAGAUAUUAUACGCCUUGGCGGUACUUUGACGCCUUUGACUGAAGAAUCAAAUGUUAGAAAAGAGAGUUCAGUUGAGAUAUCUCCGCCAACAGAUGUUAGUGGUGAUGCAAAUCAUGAUAAUAACGUUGAAUUAUUAUUUACUAGCAACACUGGGCUGAAAGUGAAAAUGAUGAAGAACAGUGAGAAUAAAAAAGAACCAUUUAAGUUACCUCCGAUCAAUCCAAGACACCACUCUCGUCCUAACAGCCCGCCGUUAUUGAAUUCGCUAUUUAACAACAAUUCAAAUAGUUUAAACAAGUCAGGCACAUUGCCUAGUCUUUUCGAGAAGAACAAAGAUAGAUGGGAAAUAAGAACGAAAAAUUUAGCAUCUGGGGAGAGUCCCCAUAUUUAUGACUCACGUAAUGCUUCUCCGCUACGGAAAGGCAUUCAAUUGCCUCCAAUAUGUGCAGAGAGUCCCAAUCAAAAUAACGAGAAAUUUGACGUGUUUUCAAAUCUGAAGAGAACUAAGACCAAUGUUUCAAGUUUUUCUGAGCAGGAUGCGAUUAGCAUCAAACAAAAAAUAAAGGAAUUGAAGUCGGUUACAAACAGACGUUUGAGAUCAUGGUCACAAACCAGGAAAUCAGAAAGAAGAAGUAGCUCCCCCGGUAGUAUCUCAUCGCCUGAUAGAUGUCUGUAUGACCGCGGGUGCGACGUGGUUUGUAUAGAUCUAUUGAAACGACUGCACUCUUCAUCGUGGCAUGAGCUAAUGGAAACUUUGGAAGAGAUACCAUCAGCUUUAGAUAAAUAUUGGCGCGUGAUCUCGGAAUGGCGGAUCACUGAUCUUAUAAGAAAAGUGACAAUGCUUAUAGAAUCAGCUCGCCCACAAGUUGCGCGAACAGCGUGCAAGUGCCUGGCGACCAUCUUGAAAAACACUAACUACACUAAGAAACCCGAUUUCCACGAGGCGAUAUCAUCGUUGUUGGUGAAGACCGGCUCUUACAGCCGCACCGUGCGACGCGCUGCCAACGUUGCGCUGGAUGACGUCAUUUGCAACGUUGAUCUCACGCACGCGGUCACCGCGCUAUGCGUGCACGGCACUGGGCACAAGAGUGGGCUUGUAAGAUGUGCAGCAGCCCGUCUUCUGGUGGUGUCGUGCGCGCUAGCGAGCGGAGGUCGAGACCUGCUCCGCACCAGACCCGCCACAGCCGUCACUGCCAGGCGUCACGCGCUUAGAGCUCUGUCGGCCAUGUUGGACGAUAAGAGCGCUGAUGCCCGGAAAUAUGCAGAGCGUCUGUUUUCCAUGCUUCGUCCUCUAUCUAACUUCGAAGCAUUCUACUUGACGGAUGUGGACAUGGAAACGGCUACGAAACAAAUGAAGAAAUACGAGCAGAUGCUAGCCUGCGGACCUCCCAAGAAGGAUAGAUGAUAUGACGUCAUAUUGGUGACGACUUAGAUAUUAAGGUCACAUUCCUUACAGCACGAACUGCUGACACGUAAAGGAAUAAAGUUUAUAAAUUGUUUUUUUCUAGUUACUUAUACAUGUUCACACUGUAAUGUUUGUGUGUGCGUGAUAUUAUGUAGAGAUUGAGAGAAUAAUUUGACUGGGAAAGGAAAGUCCAAUGAGUACUAGUAAAUGUGACAAAAUAAAGUUUUGUUGUGGGUGUUCGUAUCCAAAAAAAAAAAUCUAAACAUCCACAACUUCCUGAGGUAGGUCCAUAAACUGUCACUUUUCCUGAAAUACUAAAUUGAUCAUAAUGCAUGAGUUACAAGGCAUAUUUUUAAAUCACUUUGUGGCCCUACGCAUUUAUUUGCUAUGCAACAGACUUCUGCGUUUGAGACCGCAACUGAACUUUUUCACAUCUGUUUCCGUUUCCGCAACUUUUAUAGCGGAAGAGAUGGAUGACGAGAUGAUCCGCAUCCGCUUCCAUUUCCGUAAUGAUUUACUUGUCACGUCUAUGUCUGUUUUUGUUUCCAUUAUGACACUUCCGUCGCAUCACUAUUUAUAGCCAUACAUAAUCUCUAGAUUUGCCUUUUCCAGCGAAACGCGAACGUUGUAUCUCGAAUCUUUUAGUGCUAUUCUGACAUGUAUAUGUAUAAAAAAACUAAAAACGGCAAAAGGUAAUUGAAAAUUGAAUGAUGAUAUCGUAGGUCAUAAUGUGUAACUUGCUAGUUAAUGCAACAAAAAUAAUAAUAUUUAGUUUUGUUUGCUUAUGAAUUACGUAAAAAUUUUUAACGUUCUUU